UCCGCACUUUUUUUUUACUUUUUUUUUCUCAAUAUAUUUCCUCUUAUUUAUUAUAUAUAUAUGCCUUGUGAAUAAAGAAUAAGGGACCUAAGAAGAAGCUUUCUGACUAAAACCCCAAACGUUGAAUAAUAGCAAGGGUAUUAUGUCAUCCACGGAUCUCAAACCGGAAUCUAAAUCUGAAAAUAACCAAGUCUCUUCGAAGUCGAAGGCAGUGAAAGGUCCAUUACAUGUGUUCAUGAAAAAAGGUGGUUGCGAAGAAUCAUAUACAGCUUGUGUAGGUUGUGAUGCGCAGAAAGAUGAGUGUAGGGAAGCCUUUUCAAUGCUUGAAAAGUGUAUGAAAGCUCGCUCUGAUUACUUUGAGCCAUAUCGCGCGUUGGAGAACGCUAGUGCUGAAGUGAUGCUGAGAGAAAUCGAUGCCUUCCUCCAUGCGAAACCAAAGGACAGAGACGAGAUGUUUACCAAGUUCAUGAUAAGAGGUGAUUGCAAAGAAGCUUUUAUGGCUUGGAAUGACUUCUGCAAAAAAGCUAAGAAGAAUAAUAAAAGUUGUCUUCAUACACCAACCAUGGACACCUUGUUCAAGUGUAUGAAGGCUCAUUCUGAUUACUAUCACCCGCUUCUCACGGUAUUCAAAAAUGCUGAAGAACAUUUUAAAAAAGAGAUCAAAGCCUUGGAUACGAGGGAGGGAGCUGAACCUGAUGCUGAUGCUAAUCGAUGAUUAACAAAAGGAUUUAUUUACGUAAUAUUUUUAUGCUUUCUUUUUUUUUUUUUUCCCUUCUUAAUGAAUACUCUUCUUCUGUUUUAAUAUGAUUCUAAAAGGCCACUCAUUAAUUACUUUGUUGAAUGUUUCAGUCAUCGUCUUUAUAAUUUUUUUUUAUAACGGUUUUAAAGAUUUUAGGUUAACCUCUUCAAUUCGUAUUCAACAAAUUUACUUACACAUUCACCGGAAUCUCACUAAGUCACUAUAUAUAAGUCUCUAAGCAAAUCUUUGACGGUUCGCUUAGGCUGUGGAUGAUUCUAAAGGUCAUUGUUUGUGAUGCAAAACAGCAUUUACUUAAAAACGACAUGAAAUCUGUUUGUUCUUUCCUCCA